AUGGGCGCCAAAGGGAUGGUUUCAUUCAUAGCAAUUGUUGCUCUACUUUUCCCUUUGGCAGCAACAAUAGUUUCAAAAUGCUACAGAAAAACCGAGCAGCAACUGACCAAUUGUGGAGCAGAGUUUACUCAUUUAGUUGAAGCUCUUCAGGAUCUUGAAUCCAAUGGCAUUGAUAAAGUACCUUUGGAAAAAGAAAAUUUUAUGCUAGAUUGCUUGAAGGUGGAAUCACCAAUUCCAGUUCCUAUUCGACGCAAGUUGGCUGAAUCAAAUUGUGAGCCUCACUGUACAGAAGAAACCCCUAAACAAAAUGGUCAAAGUCAAACUUUGGAUAUAGAACCAAUUCCAUUUGCUGUUAUUAAAGCAGACGGGGAUGAGAGUGGAAUCACCAAUACCACAAUCAUUAUUGCUGUCGUUUCCACUUCAGUUGUCACAUUUCUUCUUGCUACCCUUUUGUUUUGUUGGUAUACCAAGUCUUAUAGUGGGGUGCAAAAUGACGAAAAGCCCCUUCUCAGCUUAAGCACGAAUUCUUCUCAAAAACCUUCAUACAGUGGGCAAAAGUCUAACAAAGGCUUUGGAAAUGGUGGAGAUAAUUUGUUGUCUACAAAAUCAGACAUAAAGAAAACAAUUUCAUCAGUGAAUUCAAGUGUUUCAUUAGGUAUUCCAUUAGAUCCACCUCCUGGAAAUUUGAUUGCUUCUGGAAUCGCUCCCCUGAAACCGCCACCUGGCGGGCCUGAUUUGGCUUUAAAAGCUCCACCGGGAAUGAACGAUCUACACACUCCCCCUCUCAACACCAGUUCUCCUCCUUCUCGAUCGCCAGCUGGCGGCGGUGGUGCCGCCGCCACAGCUCCGGUGUUAUCACCAUCUGCGGCUCCUUUGAGUCUUCAUGGUCCUUCCCGAGCCGCUUCAACUAGACGGCCUCCGUUAGCUGCACCACCGCCUCCACCGCCAUCUGGAAAAGCACCGCCACCGCCUCCGCCAUUAAAGCAAGGUCCACGACCGCCGCCGCCUCCAGGUGGUGGUAUGAAAGGUCCACCUCGACCACCUGGUGUAGGGUUGAAAACUACACGUCCUUCACCAGGUGAUGCUGAUGGUGAUGACUCUAAUAAAGCUAAGUUAAAGCCCUUCUUUUGGGAUAAGGUUAUGGCAAGCCCUGAUCAAGCUAUGGUUUGGCAUCAAAUUAGAGCAGGGUCAUUUCAGUUUAAUGAAGAAAUGAUAGAAAAUUUAUUUGGAUAUAAUGAGAAAAACAAAGGGAGCAACAGGAAGAGUUCAUCACAAGAUCCCUCUUCGAAUAUUAUUCAAAUUAUUGAUGGAAAGAAGGCCCAAAAUUUGUCCAUUCAUCUAAAAGCAAUUAAUAUUACAACAAAUGAAGUUUGUGAUGCACUUAAAGAAGGAAAUGAGCUCCCAGUAGAGCUUAUUCAAACAUUGCUGAAAAUGGCACCAAGUGUAGAAGAAGAAAUGAAGUUAAGAUUAUAUGAUGGGGAUUUAUCUCGCCUUGGACCUGCAGAGAAGUUUCUAAAAAGAUUAGUUGAAAUUCCAUUCGCUUUCAAAAGACUCGAAACUUUACUUUUUAUGUGCACACUUCAAGAGGAACAAGAUAUCAUCAAAGAAUACUUCCAAACAUUAGAGUCUGCUUGCAAAGAACUUAAAAAAAGCCGGUUGUUUUUAAAGCUUCUAGAAGCCGUUUUAAAAACCGGGAACCGUAUGAAUGAUGGAACAUUCCGUGGAAGCGCACAAGCAUUCAAACUUGACACUUUGUUAAAACUUUCUGAUGUUAAAGGAGUCGAUGGAAAAACAACUCUUUUACAUUUUGUAGUAGUUGAAAUCAUUAGGGCGGAAGGUAUACGAGUAGCCAAAAGCGAUGACCUUCUAGAAGAAGCCGCUAAUUCUUCAAAAGACACGGACGAAUACUAUCGCAAUCUUGGUCUCCAAGAGGUGUCAAGAUUGUGUGGUGAGCUUGAAGAUGUUAAGAAAGCCGCCACUAUUGAUUCAGAUGGGUUGACUGGAACGGUUUCUAAAUUUGGAAACGCGCUUGUAAAAGCGCGUGAUUUUUUAGAUACGGAUUUGAAGAAUUUACAAGAAAAUAAUAGUUAUGAUGAUGAUGAGGAUGAGGAUGAGGAUGAGUUUCCCGGGAUUUUGUCUGGAUUUGUGCAAAGUGCAGAGAAGGAUAUUAUGUGGAUGCUUGAGGAAGAAAAGAGAAUAAUGGCACUUGUGAAAAAAACAGCCGAUUAUUUUCAUGGACAAGCCGGGAAAGAUGAAGGGUUGAGAUUGUUUGUUAUUGUUCGUGAUUUUUUGAUUAUUUUGGAUAAAGUUUGUAAAGAGAUUAAAGAAACUCCUUUAAAGCCGCCACCUAAGCCCAUACAGACAAAAUUAGACGAGAAGAAAGAUGGCUCGCCACGUAGGAUGACAGAAGAGAAGAAAGAUGGCUCGUCAUGUAGGACGACAAAAGAGAAAAAAGAUGGCUCGCCAUGUACGACAACAGAAGAGAAAAAAGAUGGUUCGCCAGGUAGGACGACAGAAGAAAAGAAAGAUGGUUUACCACAUAGGACGAUAGAAGAGAAGAAGGAUGGUUCGCCACGUAGGACGACAGAAGAGAAGAAGGAUGGUUCGCCACGUAGGACGACAGAAGAGAAGAAAGAUGGUUCGCCAUGUAGAACUACAGAAGAGAAAAAAGAUAGUUCACCAGGUAGGACGACAGAAGAGAAGAAAGAUGGUUGGCCACAUAGGACGACAGAAGAGAAGAAAGAUGGUUGGCCACAUAGGAUGCCAGAAGAGACGAAAGAUGUUUCGUCUCUAAGGACAUGGGAAAAUGAUGAUUUGCCGAGUCAGACUGGGGAAAGUGAUGAUUUGAAACGUGAGACACAAGAAGGUGAGGGUUUCCAAGAUUCGUGGAAGAAUGAGGAUUUGGGGCAUGAGAAGCUGGAAAAUGAGGAUCCACAAGAAGUUGAUGAUCUCCAAGAUUCUUGGAGUGAUGAUAGUGUUGAACAUGAAAAACAUGAAAGUAGGGGUCCACUAGAAGUUGAUGAUCUCCAAAAUUCUUGGAGAAAUGAGAAACAGGAAAAUAAGGAUCCACAAGAAGUUGAUAAUCUCCAAGAUUCUUGGAGAAAUGAGGAUCUAGGACAUGAGAAACACGAAAAUGAGGAUCCACAAGAAGUUGAUGAUCUCCAAGAUUCUUGGAGAAUUGAGGAUCUAGGACAUGAGAAACAGGAAAAUGUGGAUCAACAAGAAGUUGAUGAUCUCCAAGAUUAUUCGAGAAAUGAGAAUCGAGGACAUGAGAAACAGGAAAAUGAGGAGUCACGACAAGUUGAUGAUCUCCAAAAUUCUUGGAGAAAUGAGGAUCUGGGACAUGAGAAACAAGAAAAUGAGGAUCCGCGAGAAGUUGAUGAUCUCCAAGAUACUUGGAGAGAUGAGGAUCUAGGACAUGAGAAACAGGAAAAUGAGGAUCCGCAAGAAGUUGAUGAUCUCCAAGAUUCUUGGAGAAAUAAGGAUAUGGGUGAUGAGAAACAAGAAAAUGCGGGACCACGAGAAGUUGGUGCUCUCCAAGAUUCUUGGAAAAAUGAGGAUCCAAGACAUGGGACACGAGAAAGUGAGGGUCCACAACAAGUUGAUGGUCUCCAAGAUUCUUGGAGAAAUGGGGAUCUUGGACAUGUGCCACAAGAAGGUGAGAGUCCACAAGAAGUUGAUGAUCUCCAAGAUUCUUGGAAAAAUGAAGAUCAAGAACAUGAGACACAGGAAAGUGAGGAUCCACCACGCAAAAUAGAGGAAAAUUAUGAUUUACUUCAUGAGACACAGGAAAUAAAAUCACCAUACAAGAUCGAGGAAAGUGAUGAUUUAGGACAUGAAGCAUUGGAACAUGAUGAUUCACAACAUAAAACACAUGAUAAUGAUUCUGGUGAUGAUGAUGAUGAUGAUGCUUUACAAGCUACGGCACGGGAAGAUGAAGAUUUGGAGGUUAAGAAACAGGAACUUGAUGAUUCACAACAUAAGACACAUGAUGAUGGUGAUGAUGAUGAUGAUUUACAAUCUAAUACCACAUGGGAAGAUGAAGAUUUUGAGAUUAAGAUACAGGAACUUGAUAAUCCACAACUUAUGACACUAGAAGAUGAUGAGAUGGAACCUAAGCCACAGGAGAAUGAGCACAUGCAGCCUAAGACACUGGAAGAUGAAGAUUUGCAAAAUGAGACACGGGAAACUGAUGAUUUGCAAAAUGAGACACAAGAAACAAAUGAUUUGCAACCUGAGACUGAAAAGAAAGAUGAUUUUCCACCUUCAGAAUUCCUCCAAUCCGGUUUUCAUGUUCCAAAAGAACGACUUAUUCCUGCCAUUGCAUUGAGACGGGUGGAUACUUUUGAUUCAGACGAGAACUCAAGUUCAGAUGACGACUAA